CUCUUCUCAGAGAUCUUUACAAUCUGCUUAAAAACCCAGGCAGUUUUAUUUUCUUGUGAUUGAUCCAGUCCACAACUUUUGACCAAUGGAAAAUUCAGCGUUUGAAAUGCAUGAAAAUGCUUUCCCCCCUAGCCCAUCCAGGGGAAAGGUGAACAACUCUUCUUGGCUGGAAAAGAAGAGCCAGUGGUCUUUAAUGAACAUCUUCCUGGUUUGUCUCCUGGCCUGUGUUAUCACCACAUUGAUAGGUGUGCUGAUACUCUCCUUGGUUUAUGUCGCCAACUUCCGGCCACAUGCAGAUACUCACCUUCCAAAAGCACCAGAGACUCCCUCUGACCCAAAGGGUGAAAAACGUGUUGACUUUAAAUUUCAAUUUCUUAAUCGUUUGCAUAGCUCCAAGGUAUUUGAGUUCCCAGGCGGUGCUAUCCAAUGGGCACGAUACCGGAAUAAUCUCAAAGACUACCUCAGUGUUGAAGAAGAAGCCUUUGGUACUAGCUUGAACAGGCAGCAGUCACACAUGACUUUUGGAACCUUGAGAAUAAAAAGUAAUGGCCUCCGUGCCCCACACUGGCACUUCAAUGCCAAUGAACAUGGCUACCUUGCACAGGGCACCGCCUGGAUUGGUGUAGUUGAUGCUGGAGGCGGUGUGGUUACCACAUACAACGUGACUGCUGGUCAGGUGAUCUUCUUCCCUAAAAAUAUCUUGCACUGGAUAAAGAAUGUGGGAACCGAGGACUGCCUUUUCUUGCUCUUCUUCACCACUCAUGAUGAGCUUCAGACCCUGGAUAUUGAUGAUGUGUUUUUCUCUACACCAGAGGAUAUUGCGUCCAGGUCCCUCAAGCCUCAAGGCGGAGUUAAUUUCAUUAGAACAUUCAAGAAACAAGAAGAAAAUCAGGCUAUCAAUCUCCCUCCCAAUUUGGCUGAGCUGGUUAUGAACGCCAGCUACAUGCAGUCUCCAGACAGCCUGGUGUGGCGAUACUUUUAUGAUCUUAAAGGUUCAAAAGAAUUUCGCUUUCCAGGAGGAAUAAUCCAAUGGGCUCGGUAUCGAAAAAAUGGAAAUGGACUAAGUGACAAUGAGAAAAUUUUCAGUGAAUCCUUGAAUCAGCAUGAAAAUUCCCUUACUCUGGGAACUCUCCGAAUUUACACCAAUGGCUUAAGACAGCCUCAUUUUCAUUUUAACGCUAAUGAAAUGGGAUAUGUCAUCAGUGGAUGUGGAAAGGUGGGAAUUAUUAGUACCCAAGGUACUACUGAUUUUAACAUUGGUAUUGGAGAUGUGGUAUUUUUCCCUAUUGGAACCCAGCAUUACAUCAAGAGCACAUGUGAUGAGGAUCUGCUUUUCAUUCUUGCCUUCACCACUGGAAACCAGCUACAAACCCUGGACCUGGAUGAUUAUAUCCAUGCGACAGCUGACCACAUCCUGGCCCAACUUUUCUUCAAGAAGCAGAGUGAAUUUAAGAAGAUCCCCAAAUUCACUGAGGAUCAAGCCAUCAAUUUGCCUUAGGCUAACCGAUGGCUUUUCUUCCUCCACUCCCCUUUCCUGAGAAAUAUUUGGUUUGCGGAUCAGUUAGAGUGUUUCAGGUACAAUGCCAUAUCAUCUUUUCAAAUAACUAUGCAGUUAGCUCAGUGAAGGAACAAAGGUAUAAGAAAGUAAAGUGUUUGGCUGCAUCUCUAAUGUCCAUGUACAAAUAAAGAUCUUAGUGGAAACUGUGUGAGGAUUAAGAUGUGUGUGGGAGGAGACUGAUCCCUUAAAUAGAAAUACUUUGGCACAGACUUCCGUUGUUGAUGUAUACAACUGUGUACUUUUCAUAUUGCCUUUAUCACACCAAAGUUUAGGAGCUCAUCUUCCUAUGUCCAUCCUUUCAUAAAACAAUCAACAAGCAUUUAUCAAGUGCUCUAUAUGUUUCAGGUGCUGUGCUAGCUGCUGGCAUCAGUAGAAUUGAAUGCUAUGCAUUUGUUCUUUCUAAAUAUCCUAGAAUUUCCUAUAAAGAGGCAGUAGCAGAUAUAGGCUGAACCUUAGAGUUAGGGAGACCUGGAUUCAAAUUCUACCUCUGACACACACUAGCUGGAUGACGCUGGGUAAUUCACAACCUCUCAGUGCCCUUCGUGAUUUUCUAAGACUAGAAGUAAUAGAAGAGUUGCUAAGAUUAUAGAAAGAGUUUCCACACUUGAAGUAUGCUAUACUGAUGAAAUGAGAGGUCUGGGUUGUCCUAAUAUUCCCCUCAUCUUACACUAUAAGAAAGAGAGUGGGAGCAACUUGGUAGUGCAGUGGAUAAAACACUGGCCCUGGAUUCAGGAGAAACUGAGUUCAAAUCUGGCCUCAGACACUCGGCACUAGCUGUGUGAAGCUGGGCAAGUCACUUAAUCCUUAUUAUCCCUUAAAAAAAGAAAGAGGGAAGGAAGGAAAGAAAGAGAGGAUACUUGUGUACAGAAAUUGUCAGGGCAUAUAUGCAUAUGCUGAACCAUUGUCAUCUGGCUCCAUAAAAUCUUGUUUUUUGGUGGAUGGGUGUAUAUAGUGGUGGAGACUGCUUUAGGCUGAAUGCUUGUGAAACGUUCAGUCAUAUAACCUCUUAAAAGCAAGAAGAGUGCUUUUAGCAGCAGACCAUCAGGCCAAUCGUAAAUUUGAUAUGCAUUUUUAUGUAUAACUAUAUUAUUUUGCUCAGGAGUAAAAUCUGUUGUUUUAAUUACACUUGUAUAGUAAAAAUAAAGGUUUAGUGUUUUUUCUGGGUUUACUUGAAAUAUAAGAUAUUAUUACCUAAAGGAAAAUGUUGCUGCCUCAGAACUUUCACUUAUUUUUAUAAUAAUAGACUUGCAAGUUAUCUAUAAAACCUAAAUAAGCCUAAAUUAACUUUUGGAAUGUUUGAGAUAAAAUAAAAUGAACUGAUAC